AUGAAUAAAUAUGAAGUUUUAGGAGUUGUAGGGGAAGGUGCUUAUGGAGUAGUUUUAAAAUGCAAAAACAAGGAAACAAAUGAAAUAGGUACAAUUGUGUAUAUAAUAAAAGUGGCAAUAAAGAAAUUUAAGGAAACAGAAGAUAAUGAGAUUGUUAAGAAGAGCAUUUAAAGAGAAGUAAAGGUGUUAAGAUUAUUGAGACAUGUAAAUAUUGUAGAAUUAAAGGAAGCAUUUAAAAGGUUCAAAAUUAGUAUAAUAAUUAUUAGAAAGGGAAGAAUUUAUUUAGUAUUUGAGUAUGUAGAAAGAAAUUUAUUGGAAGUAUUGGAAGCAUCACCUUCUGGAUUAGAAGUAUGUUAUUAUAUUAAAGUUUAGCCUUUGUAUAUUAAAAAAACUAUCUUUUAACUUCUAAAAGCUAUAUACUGUUGUCAUUAACAUGAUAUAGUUCAUAGAGACAUCAAACCUGAAAAUUUACUUAUAAGUAAUGCUAAUGUAUUGAAAUUAUGUGAUUUUGGAUUUGCCAGAGUAAAAUAAAUAUCAAUUUUAAGUCAUUGACAGCAUAAACUUAGGAUCUUACUGAUUAUGUAGCAACUAGAUGGUAUAGAGCUCCUGAAUUAUUAUUAAGUUAUUCUAUUUAUGAUAAAGGUGUUGAUAUGUGGUAAUAAUUAAUAUAAUUAAAGGGCUAUUGGAUGUUUAUUAUGUGAAUUAACAGAUGGAAAUCCAUUAUUUCCAGGAGAGAAUGAGAUGGAUUAACUAUAUUUAAUCUAAAAAAUGCUUGGACCUUUAACUCCUAGUUAAUAAGAAACAUUUUCAAAGAACCCAAGAUUUUUAGGAAUGAAAUUUCCUGAAAUCUCUAAACCUGAAACCUUAGAAUAAAGGUUAUUAUUUUUAAUGAUUUUUAUAGAUAUUUAUGUAAAUUACCUAAAAGAGCAAUAAAUUUUGUAAAGGGAUUAUUAAAGAUGGAACCAUCAGAGAGAUUAACAUGCAGAUAAGCUUUAAAACAUUAAUAUUUUGAAGAUUUACCAGAGGCAAUUGAAUUCAUGAAAGAAUUGAAUCUAUAAAAUGAAUAAGAAAAAAGAUAAGUAAGUGCUGGAGUAAAUAGAACAGCAUAAUCACCAACCAGUUAAUAAAAUGUGAUAAGAACUAAAGUAUAUUUAGAUAUAUAAUUAAAUAGACAUCAUUUAAAGUACCUAAUUAUUUGGGACAAUAAUUAAAUAUGUAAAGUACAGCUUAUGCUUACAAUAUAUAGUAAUAAGAAUAAGGAUAAUAAUAAUAAAUACAAUAACAUUAAUAAUAAAGUAUGAAGAAAACGGUAUUAUAUUUAGUUUAAGUGUUAGCAGUCUAUUGACAAAUUGAUACCAUAGUAUAAAGAUACAAAAGUAGGUUUUGUUUCAGAUACAAAUAAAAUUAAAAUUUCAGGUUCUUAAUUUAGUCAAUAAUAAUUUGCUAUAGCUAAACAACCCUAAUCAAUUAAGAUUUAAAAUUUAAAUAUCAUUUACAAUUCAAACACUUUUAACUCUUCUCAAAAAAAAGGAGGUGCAUAAACUAAAAAAUGA